AACUUAAGGAGCGUGUAAUAAUAAAGAGAAUGAAAAAACAUUAAUUUCCCCCCAAACAAUUCCAAAACUAAUAAUUACAAAAAAUAAAAAACAAUAUAAAAUUAAAAAAUAAAACCCCAGAGAGAGGAAAGUUUCACUUUACAAUCACUCUGCUAGAAGAACCGAAGAAGAAGAAGAAGGAAUGUGAAGCAACACAGUGAACAAAAAGAAGAACAAAACUGAGAAAAAUGGGAGGAGUGACGUCAUCAAUGGCGGCGAAACUGGCGUUUUUUCCACCGAAUCCACCGUCGUACAAGCUAGUUAAAGAGGAAGUAACGGACUUGCUGUUGAUGGAACCGUUCCCGCACCGCGAAAACGUUGAAGUUCUGCAGUUUCGGAACCGGCGUGGAACGGAGAUCGUGGCUAUGUAUGUUCGUCAUCCAAUGGCGAAAUCGACCGUGCUUUAUUCUCAUGGAAAUGCUGCUGAUAUUGGUCAGAUGUAUGAGCUUUUUGUGGAGCUUAGUAUUCACUUGCGUGUUAAUCUUAUUGGAUACGAUUACUCUGGCUAUGGACAGUCAUCAGGGAAGCCAAGUGAGACUAAUACUUAUGCUGACAUCGAAGCUGUAUAUAAGUAUCUUGAAGAAAACUAUGGUACUAAGCAGGAAGACGUAAUCCUUUAUGGUCAAUCUGUUGGGAGUGGUCCUACUUUAGAUAUUGCUGCUCGAUUACCCCAAUUGAGGGCUGUUAUUCUCCAUAGUCCUAUACUAUCGGGAUUGAGAGUGAUGUACCCUGUGAAAAAGACAUACUGGUUUGACAUUUAUAAGAACAUUGAUAAAAUUCCGCUGGUGAAGUGUCCAGUGCUAGUAAUUCAUGGAACUGCUGAUGAGGUUGUUGAUUGUUCUCAUGGUAAGCGAUUAUGGGAGCUAUGCCAACAAAAAUAUGAACCCUUAUGGCUUAAAGAUGGAAAUCACUGUAAUUUGGAGCUCUAUCCAGAAUACCUUAGACAUCUCAGACGAUUCAUAUCAACGGUAGAGAAGUCACCUUCCCAAAGACUGAGUUUUAGGAGAAGUGUGGAUAAUAAGGUUGAACAAUCCAGAGGAAGUACUGAUAUCUCCGAAAAGCCAAGGAAGAGCAUGGAAAAGCCAAGAAAGAGCACAGAUUGCAGAGACAAACCUCCGAAAAGUACUGAUCGAACAGAAAAACAGAAAUACCAUGAAUUCAAAUUCAAAAGUUCUGAUAAAUUAGAUAAGUUAAAGGUCCAAUUUGACCAGACCGAGAGGUCAACAGAGAGGUCGAGAAGAAGCGUAGAGUACAACAACGACAAAUCUAGAACCGUUGAGUACCAAGAGAAAUCCAGGAGAAGUGUGGAUGUUCAGUUUGAAAGGCCGCGAAAGAGUAUUGAUUGGCUGGAUAAAAUUCGAGCUACUUGAACCUUUUGAAGCUUCUGCAAUAUUGGAACUGGGUUUGCUUGGUGGGAGGGGGGAAAGUACAAAGAUACAGACAGACACGGUUACUUACACUUGUUGUUUAAUUUAACUUAUGGUUUGCAGAAUAUGCAUAUGUUGCUAUUGCACUUGUAUACUUCCAUUGUAUUAUGACAUUUGGAUAUGUUGGGUUGGGGAUUCUAUAUUCUUAGUUUUUCCUUUGUUAUUAUUAUUAUUAUUAUUACAUUAUCUUCAA